UACAGCCCGUAGAAGGAAGGAGACGUGUCCCAGUCUCAGAUUAGCUUGAGCGGACAGAUGGAGGCAGACAGUACCGGUGGCAACAUGGGAGAAAAAGCAGACUUGAAAAUGGCAGAAAACCCGUUUGAACCUUACAUUGAAUCUCUGCGUCAACAGCUGGAAGACCAGGACCCAGUUUUUCUGAUCGGAGUUAUCGUCGCUCUGGCUGUCGUUGUCAUUACCUGUGUGUUCCUGAAGUACUUCCUCUCCAGCAAAACAGUCAGAAGUGCAGUGUUGCUGGUCGGACUGUGCGACUCUGGGAAAACACUUCUCUUCAGCCGGUUGUUGUCAGGGAAGUUCAAGCGCACACAGACCUCCAUCACUGACAGCAGUGCUCCAUACAAAGUUAAAAAUGACAAGGGCAGCACCUGGACUCUGAUAGACCUGCCAGGACAUGACAGUCUUCGCUCUCAGUACCUGGAGAAGUUCAAAUCUGCAGCAAGAGCCAUUGUGUUCGUAAUAGACAGCGCUAUCUUCCAGAAGGAAGUGAGAGAUGUGGCAGAGUUCCUGUACAUCUUGCUUACGGACACUGUGAUAUCCAGGAAUGCCCCGACUCUCCUGGUGACGUGCAACAAACAAGAUAUCACCAUGGCAAAGUCUGCUAAACUAAUUCAGCAGCAGCUGGAAAAGGAGUUGAACACCUUGCGAGUGACUCGCUCUGCAGCCCUGAGCUCUCAGGAUGGUUCUGUGGGUGGCAGUGUGCAUCUGGGGAAAAAGGGCAAGGAUUUCGAGUUCAGCCAGCUGCCGAUGAAGGUGGAGUUCCUGGAAUGCAGUGCCCGCGGCAGCAAGGGUGAAGAUGGGGAUGCAGACAUGGAGAGCCUGGAAAAGAGCCUAGCUAAACUGUAAAAAAAAAAAAAAAAUUAAAAAUCACAGAAUUUCUAUCCACAGAAUUUGCCUCUAAGACACAGACUUCUUAUCAGCAUCCACUCUCACCUCAGUAAUCAAAGGAGGUCAACUGCAUCUCAGCGGAGGAUCUCUUUGACAGGAGUAAGCAGUCAAACUCAGUCCUGUCUGUGCGUCACUGUUGGUGUCAGUCUUUAAAUGACAUUAAAUGUGGAAGAAGGCUUGAGCUACUCAAUCAAAAGACACCAAAAAGACUGUGAUGUAGCAGUUUGUCAGGUUGCUCUACAGUGCUGAGAAAUGAUCACAUGCUUAUUCAGUGUAAAUCUUACUGUGAACAUCCACCUUAAAGCACCUCCUUCGGCUUGUUUAGAAAAUACAUAGUUUAAAGAAUAUUGGUAAAUCACAACAGUGGCUGUUUAUAAUUGCAGUUUAAAGGAAAGUUAUUGAAGGCUGUCACAGAUUCUCGCCAGUUUCUUGUUUUGAACUCGGCUAGUCUGAUUUAUUAGCUGCCUUGUUAAGUUCAUUAACUUGAACAGUGAUCAUUGUGCCUUUUUUGCUGGUAUUAUAGAAAAGUGUUUUGCUUGUUUGUAAAAGAAUGACGGGUUGUUUGAAAGUGUUUCGUGAAUACAGUGCAUUUGCUAUGAAUGUAUUGAUAUUUUGUGUUUGUAUGUAUCAGACUUGUUUAAAAAAAUAUAAAGUUUUUGAUGCUUGA